UUCCGGUUCCUCCAAAAUCUGUUACUUCUUUGAUGAUGAACAAAGAUGGCUUCCUGGGUGGAAUUUCAGUCAAUACCGGAGAGGUGUUUUGCUCUGUACCUGGCCGCUUGUCCUUGCUUAGUUCAACUUCAAAGUAUAAAGUAACUGUGGGAGAAGUUCAAAGACGCCUUUCUCCUCCAGAGUGUCUGAAUGCAUCCCUCCUAGGAGGAGUACUUAGAAGAGCCAAAUCGAAAAACGGGGGGAGAUCUUUGCGAGAAAGGCUAGAAAAAAUCGGUUUGAAUUUACCAGCCGGCAGGCGUAAGGCCGCAAAUGUCACUUUACUCACCUCCCUGGUGGAAGGUGAGGCCGUUCAUUUAGCCCGGGAUUUUGGGUACAUCUGCGAAACGGAGUUCCCAGCCAAAGCUGUUUCUGAGUACUUGAACAGACAGCACACGGACCCCAGCGACCUCCACUCCAGGAAAAACAUGCUGCUUGCUACAAAGCAACUUUGUAAAGAAUUUACAGAUCUUUUGGCCCAGGACAGGACGCCCAUUGGAAACAGCCGGCCCACCCCUAUUUUGGAACCAGGCAUUCAGAGCUGCUUGACUCACUUCAGCCUCAUCACUCAUGGCUUUGGGGCCCCCGCUAUCUGCGCUGCCCUCACGGCCCUUCAAAACUACCUGACUGAAGCUCUCAAAGGCAUGGACAAGAUGUUCUUGAACAACAACACUGCUAACAGGCACACAUCUGGCGAAGGACCAGGUAGUAAAACUGGAGACAAGGAAGAGAAACACAGAAAAUGAGAGAGAGGGAGAGGAAAAAAAAAAA